UCGCAAUCCCGCGAUGUGGGCGGGACUUGUUGGCCGACCUUUCGUGUUUUGAGUCGCUUCCCUAACAUUCUCCUGUCAAGCCGUGCGCUUUUCGCGUCCGUGGCGUGUUUUUGUGAGUGAACGAAACAAUGUCUUUUGGUCGUCCUCUCUGUGGAGCGUCUUCCAAGCGCUGUUCACCGGGCUCGACGCUCUAAUCGCCAGCCAAGGAACAAAAACGGAGCCGGGGGGAGCGAUGAGGAGGAAACAAUACUCUGUUGGCGUCUUCUUCCUUGUCUGGAGAGCGUCGCUUUUUCUCAGUGUUGGCCGGUGCAAGGAGGGUGACAAUGCUGCGAGAACUCGACAAGCCCCAAUGUCUCCCUCUGAUUUCCUGGACAAACUGAUGGGAAGAACAUCCGGAUAUGAUGCCAGAAUAAGACCAAACUUUAAAGGUCCUCCAGUGAAUGUUUCCUGUAACAUUUUCAUCAACAGCUUUGGUUCCAUUGCUGAAACCACCAUGGACUACCGGGUGAAUAUCUUCCUUCGUCAGCAAUGGAACGAUCCCAGGCUUGCCUACGCAGAGUAUCCAGAUGACUCUUUGGACUUGGACCCCUCAAUGUUGGACUCCAUUUGGAAGCCGGAUCUUUUUUUUGCCAACGAGAAGGGAGCACAUUUCCAUGGGGUUACAACGGACAACAAGUUGCUCCGUAUUUUUAAGAAUGGAAAUGUUUUAUAUUCUAUCAGACUAACAUUAACUCUGUCAUGCCCCAUGGAUCUCAAGAACUUCCCGAUGGAUGUUCAGACCUGUAUUAUGCAGUUAGAAAGCUUUGGUUACACCAUGAACGACCUAAUCUUUGAGUGGCAGGAGAAUGGACCAGUCCAAGUGGCUGAAGGACUGACACUUCCACAGUUCCUCCUUAAAGAUGAACCGGACCUCAGAUACUGUACCAAGCACUACAACACAGGUAAAUUUACUUGUAUUGAAGUGCGGUUCCAUUUGGAGCGUCAGAUGGGUUACUACCUGAUCCAGAUGUACAUCCCAUCGCUGCUGAUUGUCAUUUUGUCCUGGGUCUCCUUCUGGAUUAACAUGGAUGCGGCCCCGGCGAGAGUAGCUCUGGGUAUCACUACUGUCCUCACGAUGACAACACAGAGCUCAGGCUCCAGGACUUCUCUGCCCAAGGUCUCUUAUGUCAAGGCCAUUGACAUCUGGAUGGCAGUUUGUCUUCUCUUUGUCUUCUCUGCACUGUUGGAGUACGCCGCGGUUAAUUUUGUUUCAAGGCAACACAAAGAGCUGCUACGAUUCAGGCGGCCUCCCAAGAAGAGCAAGAACAAUGGAGGUGCAGUUGAUGCCGAUGAACUAGCUGAAUCGCUCCAUCGUGUUAAUACCGACAACGGCCUCAAAGAGUCAGACCCUCUCUCUGGAUCUGUGACCAACGUCCACGGCGCCACCUACAGGGAAGGGGAAGGACAGGAGAGCAGGCUGACCUCCGCGGCGGCUGUGACCUCCACUCCCAGCAACAGCAAGGACUCCAAGGCCAGCACUAACAAUACCGUCACUGUGCUGAACACUUCGGGGGCGACAGCAAACGCCACCCAAAACCCCCCAGGAGUGGCUUCCCGUGGAGGCGGGAGAAGCACAGAGGAAAUGAGAAAGUUAUUCAUCGACCGCGCCAAAAAGAUUGACACGGUAUCAAGGGCCGGUUUCCCCCUGGCCUUCCUCUUUUUCAAUAUAUUCUACUGGGUUCUUUAUAAAAUCCUUCGCCAUGAAGAUGUACAUAAGUAAUGGAGCAUUUGACACUGUAUACAGUAAGCACACACACACACAUACUGGUUAUCAUUUGGAAUGGGGACCAAGUUUUUGAUCAUCACUUGUGGGGACCACCCUUUCUACAAAAAAUGAGGUAAAACGGCCACGGCCCAGUUAGCUCAUACACGUCUUUAAAUCUCUGGAUUGAUGAAGUAAUGUGCUGAUCAUUCUUACUGGGGACCCUGGGGGAAAAAGAGUUAAUAUGGUUCAUGGGGACCAAAUUUAAAUAAUUUUGCAUAAUUCACACAAAUUUGUACGUGACUACUGAGGACCAUUUAUUAAAAAAAAAUUUAAU